AUGACGACCAACGGGAUAUCCCCGGCCCCAAGCCCGCUCCCAGCUAAUAAGCUGUUGGGCAAGGUUCAGGGUACGGACAACGUAUCUCGUCACCCUUCACCCCAGCCCACUCACUUUUCAGUGCCGCUGGGAAGUCUUGGACCCAACGGACAUAGGGUCUUACGAUCUGCCACUGUUGGAUACAUUGCGCCCGAAUUCAAGGGACGUGAUGAACAGAUCACACAGGUCAAGAGCGUCAUCCUCAAGCAGGGCUGGAUCCCUGAAGCUCAUCUUGAUGAGCAAGUCUCAUGGUUCUAUAAUGAGCUAGGCAUUGACGAUGUCUACUUUCAGAUGGAGAAAGUGGACGUUAUCGCGACCCACAUCACCUCCAUGUAUGCUGCCAAGGUUGCGGCUUACGCCCGUGUCGACAAGCGCGAAGAGAUCCGCUUAGACAUGGAGGCUACCGACCAUGCCAUUUACAUCGAUACGAGUGAACCGGGUAAAACCUCAUUACACGGUCCGCGGUUCGAAAACAGGCUUGAGGCGAAGUACCUUGACAACGUUGACCCCACUAAGCGUUUCCGCGUUGAGACCUUUCGCUCCCAUGGCACCAUAUCAGAUGAUCCCGCGUCCAAAGCCUCUUUGCGAUGCUAUUUCGUCUACCAAUGUAUGUUCGUGGACCCAAACCCGGAGCCGGGUGAGACUCGUCUUGAGAUCAUCAGCGACCGAAUGUUCUUGACCAAAGCAACCAAGAACACCAAACAAAUUUACGAUGACAUUAUCAAACUCGCCGUCGCUAGAACCGGACCAGUGAUUGAGGUAUUCGACAUCGAAGGUUCUGAAGAGAAGCGUCUCGUCGUGGCUUUCCGUUCUCGUACCGCUCGCGGCAUUUUUAGCGCAUUGAGCGACCUGUACCACUACUACGGCGUGACGAGCACCAGGAAAUACGUAGAGCAGUUCUCCAAUGGUAUCACGGUUAUGAGUAUAUACUUGAAGCCGGCCACAAACCUGGAAACCAAGCCCAUGCCAAUCGAACAGUCUAUCCAUCAAAUCACCAAGGAGAUUUCCCUUCUUUACUGUAUACCUCAAAACAAGCUUCAUUCCUUGUUCGCAUCCGGGGCUCUAAGCUUACAAGAAACCGUCUACGGCCACUGUGUCUGGGUCUUCGUCCAACACUUCCUUAACCGUCUUGGCACGGAAUACGUCUCGAUCAAGCAAGCUUUAGACUCGAAGAACCCGGCGCACGUGGAGAUCCUUUCGAAGCUGAAGCGUCGUCUUCGCACAGAAACGUUUACGCCGGAUUACAUCCUUGAGAUCAUCUCAUCAUACCCGAACCUAGUGCGAAUCCUCUAUGCCGCGUUCGCCAGCGUCCAUUUGAGCGUUGGCCCUGGUUUCGAGAGGAGUAUCAUUGCGCCUACCCCAUCUGUCGAAGUAUUGUCGGAUGCUCGACUCAAGGAUGCGAUCACCAGAGAGGUGUCCAACGAGCACGAGGAAAUGGUCAUGACAGCCUUCCGCAUCUUCAACAAUGCCAUCUUGAAGACCAACUACUUCACUCCCACUAAAGUAGCCCUUAGCUUCCGCUUGGACCCAUCAUUCCUCCCCGAGGUCGAAUACCCUAGACGUCUUUAUGGCAUGUUCCUUGUGAUUAGCGCAGAGGCCCGCGGCUUCCAUCUCCGAUUCAAGGAUGUUGCCCGAGGAGGUAUCCGAAUUGUCAAGUCUCGUAGCAAGGAGGCUUACAGUAUCAACGCCAGAAGCCUAUUCGAUGAGAACUAUGCGCUUGCGAGCACUCAGCAGCGCAAGAACAAGGAUAUUCCGGAAGGUGGUUCGAAGGGCGUCGUUCUUCUUGAUGCCAAGCAGCAGGACCGCGCUCGGGAAGCUUUCGAGAAGUACAUUGAUAGUAUCUUGGACCUCCUUCUUCCCGCAAAAACCCCUGGAAUCAAGAAUCCGAUAGUAGACCUCUACAGAAAAGAGGAGAUUCUUUUCCUAGGCCCAGACGAGAACACUGCUGAUCUCGUCGAUUGGGCUACAGAACACGCGCGCGCUCGGGGUGCGCCUUGGUGGAAGUCGUUCUUCACUGGAAAGUCACCCAAGCUUGGCGGUAUUCCUCAUGACGCAUAUGGCAUGACGACCCUAUCCGUUCGUGAAUACGUCAAGGGUAUAUACCGAAAGCUCAACUUGGAUCCGUCCAACGUCAAGAAGAUGCAAACCGGCGGACCGGAUGGCGACCUUGGAAGCAACGAAAUUCUCCUGAGCAAUGAGAAGUACACCGCGAUUGUAGAUGGAUCCGGUGUCCUCGUCGACCCUAAUGGACUUGAUAAGGAAGAACUUGUACGAUUAGCCAAGAAGCGUGCCAUGAUCUCGCAGUUCGACCUCUCCAAGUUAUCUAAGGACGGAUACAGGGUUCUGUGUGAUGAUAGCAACAUCACAUUACCAACUGGCGAAGUUGUUCCCAACGGCACGCCUUUCCGUAACUUCUACCAUCUCAGAGACAACGGAUUUACCGACUGCUUCGUUCCGUGUGGUGGCCGCCCUGAGUCGAUUGAUCUUUCUACCGUUUCCAAGUUGAUUAAGGAUGGCAAGUCUACCAUUCCUUACAUCGUUGAAGGAGCCAAUCUAUUCAUCACUCAAGAUGCCAAGCUGCGCCUCGAGAAGGCCGGCGCCAUUCUUUUCAAAGAUGCGUCUGCCAACAAGGGUGGUGUGACUUCUUCAUCCCUCGAGGUCCUUGCAUCGCUUAGCUUUGACGAUGAGGGUUUCGUCGAGAACAUGUGCCACAACUCUGAUGGAGAAGCACCCGAGUUUUACAAGGCCUACGUCAAGCAAGUGCAGGCCACGAUCUGCGAAAACGCCCGCUUAGAAUUUGAGGCGAUCUGGAGAGAACACGAAGAGACCGGCGUGCCGCGUUCUGUGCUCUCGGACACACUCUCGGUAGCCAUUACGACGCUUGAUGAGGAACUACAAAAGUCCGACCUGUGGGAGAACCCGAGGAUUCGAAGGUCAAUCCUGGCGGAUGCUCUACCCAAGUUGCUCCUCGACAAGAUCGGUCUAGACACCAUCAUUAGCCGCGUACCGGACUCGUACCUUCGCGCAAUCUUUGGAAGUUAUCUUGCUUCGCGUUUCGUGUACGAGUUUGGUAGCAGCCCGAGCCAAUUUGCUUUCUAUGAUUUGUAA